AUGGCACGACACUUUGAGGUGUCUUCGGGGGAGCGCAUCGUGUUGGAUGGUGAGCGUCGUCGUGGAGAACGACUCCAUACGAUUUCCAUCAAGAUCCGGCCCCAACAUUUGACGAGUUUGAUCAAGGUGGCCAAACGGUUCAGAAUAAGUGAAGACUUCGGCUCCAUUGACGUCUUCGAGGUGCGCUGCACCACCGAGCUGCCUCCGGAUCCGUCGACCUUUGCGGCGUCCAACUGCUGGGGGCGAUGCCGACGCAGGUGGAAGCAGUUCAAUAGCACCGCCUUAGAUCGAAUGUCGACUUUAGAGAUCCAUUCUGCCAUCGUGGCACAGAGUUUUCUGAGUUUCAACCACUUGGCCUGCAUCAUCAUUGCUUCGGCCAUGGCAGGGAUCGGCUUGAUCACUGACAGUUCUGUGUUCGUCCUCGCAGCCUUCUUCGUUUCCCCACUGAUGCAAAUGGUCCUUGCGACUGUUUGGGGCCUCACCGUCUCGGACUAUGUGUUGGCCUGGCGUGGCUGUCGCAAUAUGCUGCUGGGGGCCCAAGGGACCGAGGCGGGCCAUCCCGCCCGGAUCCUGGGCUUGGAGGUAACGGAACUUGGGACUGGUGGAGUGUUGCCUGGGAUGGGCUCUCUGGCGAUACUGCCAAGGGACAGGCACUUGGAGCGAUGUGACACGCUUGCAGGGGCAGAGGCCUUUCAUACCCGUGUGGAAAGGGCCGGGUGCAGGGACACCAUGGUCCGCCUUGUACAUCCAGCGCGAGGUGCACAUCAGGGCCAGCGCAACGGUCCCGCAGGACCGGGAGGUCAGCCUGCAGGAACUGGCAGGAAGAGGGCCCUGGGGACGGUGCGCGGUGAUCACAAGUUUUUGCGGGAUACUUUGGUGCCGCUGUUUCGGCCGCAGCAUGGCAAGAUGCGGCCGAGCUUGGUGCUGGUGUCUGUGGUGCCGGUGUUGCCGUACGAGGCGAGGUACCAGGGCCAAAAACACGAAGAUUCUGAGACGGAAUCCGAGGCGGAACUAGGCCCCACGGGGCUGCAUUGUCAAGCGGACCAGGUCGCCCUAGACAACUACGGCAAGGUGGUUCCUCUUGCUGCUGGACCUUGCAGAGACGUGGCCCGAGGCUGUCCCGUUGUGCUUCUACAAGCUGACCGAUCCAACAGCUGUCUUGAUGGGUUACCAACCACUGAAGGCGGCGACCCAUGCUUUCAUGCCUGUGAGUACCACAGGUCCAUGUACCAGGGCUCGCUCCUGGGUCGAGCAUGUGCGGUGAAGGGGUGCUUGCAGCCAGUCACAGGGACCAGGAAGGGGGUCAACUUUUGCAAGUUGCACGGAGCCACAGAAGAGAAGCCCCGGGCCAAAACCGCACCUAGGGCAUGCGAGGCUUCACCGCCCCAGGUGGAUACCGGCCAAAGGUCAGAGACUGCGCGUCAACCAGAGAGACCAGAAGUCAACGCAAUGCAGGGCGCGGUGGCCGACAGGGCAGACCUUGCUGAGCUCCUGGCAGAGGAAGCGUAUCAGGCCCUCUCUGCCAGGAACCCGGGGGACGGCAAGUGGAAGCAUCCUGGGUUCCAGGACUCGCUGACUUCCCUGGCGAAGGCCUAUGUGCAACAACACAAAGACUUGGAAACCCGAGAAUCACCCGCCUGGAGAGCGCUCAACCGCCUUGCGCAUCCCCCUGCCGUAUGUCAAGAACCCGCAUACGACCCGGUAACUCGGAUGCUGGAGGCCACGUUGGAGAGGCCCACAGAAGAAGAGAAAUCCGACACGCCAGCCCCACGGCUGGGGAGGCCGGCCUCGGCUCCUGCGAGUCAUUUCCCGGGUCCUCGCACUUCCGGUGAGCUCGCUGCGAGCUUGUUUCGCCCUAAGAGCGAGAUCGAUUCCGCCCUGCCGCGCCCGAGGCUUGUUUCGAGCCCGGGAGCGGUUGGAACUUUCCCAGGAAUGUCCGGUCCAGCAGGUUUUGGAGGGAUACAAGGUUUGCAUGCCUUCCGACCCUUUCAUGCUGGAGCAUAUACCGAUCCGGGACCUCCGGCCCUCGAUGAAACUUCAAAGGCUCUGCAGACAAUCGCAAAAGUUAUGGCGGCGAAGGAAGACCCAGCUGCCCAAGAUCGAGGGAAGCUGUCCUCGAUCGGCAGAACAGAAGAAAGGAUGCUGUACCUGGCUAGAGGGUGCGACACGCUGACGGUGCACCUUGGGGAAGCCACGGUCGGAAAGGAGCUGUACCAUGCCCUAAAGUCUGUAGCGACGCAGAACCGGCCCUUGUUGAGAGAAAUCAGCUUCCCGGUGAACAUUACCAACCGCAUCGCCUUUGGGGCUGCCUCCCUCAGUUUCGGAGGCAAAGGUAAUCCGCCCGACUAUUGCCUCACGGUGGCCGAUUUCGCCCAGACCUCGGAGGAGGAGUUUGACAUUGUUUAG